CCGGGUGGCGCGCCCGCCGCUUCGCUUUCGAUUGUGGUGUCUGUGCCGGCUGACGCGCCUUGGGGGUCGGCCGCGGUGACCCAGACGAGCCCUGGCGACGAGGCGGCGGCCCCGCAAACGACCGCUUUGAUCGCGACGCCGCCCGCGCCGCCCCCACAGGUCCCAAAGCACGUCCGGGAGGCGGUGGCGGCGGCGGCGCAGUACGUGCAGACUCGCUGGGUGUGCCCCCACCCUGCGCCGCAGGUGGGCCAGAUCACGUUUGCCGUGGUCGCCACGUCGAGCUCGCAGGGUGGGGACGGCACGGCUGAGCCAGAUCGCGGCGAGAACGGUGGCGAGGCCGCUUCUGGCCUCGACGCUGUCGGCGGGCAGGGCGGCUUGACGUGGGUCAGCCCUCUUGAAUCGUACAGGCGGUAUCUGGAGGCGCUCCCCGUUAUUAGGUGCAACCCGGGCUCUCCUACCAACGUGGCUGCGUCAUCGUUAUUUCCGACGAGCAGCAUCAACCCUGCCAGCGUCAGCGAAGCAGAUGCGAUAGAGACGCAGCAGCCGGAACAUGCUGCGGCGGCGGCCGGUGCUGGGGGCAGCGGUGCAACGGCACCUGCACCACAGGCGGCCACCUCUCCGGUUACGGUCUGUGCGCUCAAGGCCUCGAAGAAGACCCCACACCUCAGCCUCGAUGCUGCGCCGGAAGUGGCACUCCCGCAGAUUGUAAAGCAGGUCUGUGCACUGAAGCCGCACAUGCUGGUCAUGCCGACAUCCCUUGUGCCCGAGUCCCUGCAGCUUGCGCUCCUCGCCACCAGCAACCCCCACUGCGUCGUGCUCCCGCUCUGA